GGGCGCCCGCUGAGGGGAGGGGGCCGGUUCCGGGGCCGCCGCGGGGUGCGCUGAGGCGCUGCUGCGGGUCGGCCGCGGCGCCGGCUGCGGAGCCCCGCGCUCCUCGGUCGCUGAGGUGUGGCGGAGGCCCCGAGGCGAGUGCGGUGGUGCCAGGCACGUCAGCGAUGACGCAGGAACCGCGCCGGGACGGUGGUGUGAUGAGCACUGGGGGCUGCUGUGCAGCGGGACCGUCGGGGAUCCAGCCACCUCGCCUGUUCCUGGGCUGUUCGGAAACUGGACUUGCACCAGGAGCCGCGUGGUCAGCUGAUGAAAUUGCUGAGCUAUGUUAUGAGCAUUAUAGGACCAGACUCCCUAAGCAGGGAAAACCAGAUCCAAACAGGGAAUGGACUUCACUGGCAGCUGUUGUCAAAGUGGAGUCCGCAGCCCAAAGAGAGGUUCCUGCUAGACCAGGGAAUCUGCAGGUAACAAAGGAGGUUGUUGCUAUGGGAACUGGAACAAAAUGUAUUGGCCAAAACAAAAUGAGAAAAACUGGAGACAUUCUGAAUGACAGUCAUGCUGAAACUGUAGCCAAGAGGAGCUUCCAGAGGUAUCUUCUCCAUCAGAUGUGCCUGGCAGUUUCCUAUCAGCAAUGCAGCAUCUUUAUUCCAGGAACUGAAACAGGGAAAUGGAAACUCAAACCAAAUAUCAUAUUUGUUUUCUUCUCUAGUCAUACCCCAUGUGGAGAUGCUUCUAUUAUUCCAAUUACUGAACCAGAGAACCAGCUUUCUAAGUCAGUGAAUGGAGCUGGUGCAGCUGGACAGUCAGCACAGUGUAGUGGUAACCAUGAUCAUUUGGGUCUCAAAGAUAAAAGGAAAUUGGAGAAAAUGUCAAGUAAUCAUAUAAUCAAGAGAAGGAAAAAUAACGAUGGUGGUUGGUUUUCCAUGAUCAUUGAGGACCUGCCUGUUCAGCAAGUAUUUGUGAAACCAGAAGGCAACGCUAAUCCAAAGAGUUGUGAGUGUUCUGCACAGAUGCAAGCAGCUAACGAGACUGGCCUAAGCAGACUGAAGGCAGUAGAUGUGUAUAGAACUGGAGCAAAAUGUGUACCUGGAGAGCUGGAUGAUGCCAGAGUACCUGGGAUAGGGUAUCACCGUGUAGGAUUAUUACGAGUGAAGCCAGGUCGUGGGGACAGAACACGUUCUAUGUCCUGUAGUGAUAAACUGGCUCGCUGGAAUGUGUUGGGGUGUCAAGGAGCUCUCCUGAUGCAUUUCCUUCAAUAUCCAGUCUAUUUGUCAGCAAUUAUAGUAGGGAAGUGUCCAUAUAGCCAAGAAGCUAUGCGGAGAGCAAUUAUUGAAAGGUGUCAGCAUGUCUCAUCUUUACCAGAUGGUUUUCUCACUCAGGAGGUUAAACUGCUGCAAUCAGAGCUUCGAUUUGAACAUAGCCGUCAGGCAGUCCAGGAAGUUCAAACUAACAGCAAAACAAAACUUGUUCCCUGUAGCGCGGCUAUCAGUUGGAGUGCAGUUCCUGAACAACCUCUGGAUGUCACCUCAGAUGGUUUCCGGCAGGGAACAACAAAGAAAGGGAUUGGGAGCCAUCAGAGCAGAUCCAAGAUCUGUAAAGUGGAACUCUUCCAUGCAUUCCAAAGGCUGGUGACGAGUAUUUCACAAGAGAAUCUACCAGACACUCUCCGGAUGAAGACCCUAAAAACAUACUGGGACUACAAGGAAGCUGCAUCAAGUUAUCAAGAAGCCUGGAAAGUGCUGCGCAGCCAAGCGCUGCUGGGCUGGGUCAAGAAUGCCCAGGAAUACCUGCACUUCACAUGAGAAUAAAAGCAACUGUAAAUACAUCAAAAUGUCCUGAAACCCAGCAGAUGCCUAUGCUACUCAAGGGCCAGUAAAGAUGUCCUCUAGUUCCUGUGCUAUAAGGAGAUAGGACUGAAAAGGAAAGUAAAAUCAGAGAUCUCUGUUUUGGUUGAUUUGCACCCCACCCUGCACCCCCCUCUCCCCUUUAUUUAACUGUAGAGAAGAAUCACUGCAUAUUUAGUUCUGAGCUGCAUGAAACAACGUGCCUUCAAAAGUAAGGAAGCAGUGAUGCGAAUCAUCGUUUUUCUGAGGAUAUGAUUUAUCAGCUGUAGUCUGUUGAAAUGGAAGUAAUGUCAACUGAAAUUGAAACAGUGCUAUGGAAGAAAGGCUGUCAUUGUAAAACUUUGGUGCUGGUUUUCCUUCCGCUCUUCAUAAUGUUGUGAUUGUUUUUGUGUUGCUGGGACAACCCUAAUGUAUAGUAAGUAGUAUUUUUAUAACUCUUGGCUCUUCUUGUUCGGUGCUUUUAAGAAUUUUCUGUCUCCCCACAGAAUUUUUUGCUCCUAAUUGGAAAUAGUAGUUUUGUUCCAGGGUCUUUUUCUGGAAGUAAUCCGUAUAACUUUCUAUUACUAAAAGUAGCCAAAGCAGAAUUAAAAGAGUGCCGGGGAGAAGACUGUCAAAUAAUACUGCUUAUGUUAUCCUGUGCAUCUCUUAAUUUCAGGACUUUGCCAGAUACCCCUUCACAGUUGAUGUGCUUCUGUGGACAGGAAAGAAAUCUCCUGAAUUACUUGGUUCGAUCUUGUUCAACACUGGGUUUUUAUUGGUGGUUUUUGGUUGGUUGCUUGCUUGGUUCAGGGUCUGUUUUUUCUUUUUUCUCCAGUGAUACGUGGUUCAUUAAAAGCAGGGAUGCCUUAAGCAUUUAUGUCAGUGUUUCCUGGCAAGUGUUCAUUAAUAGCCUGGCAAAGGUGGAAACACUGAUGGGGACUGUAAGUAGUCUCUGGCAGUCCUUGCAAUCAUUGCCUUUAUGCUUUAUUACCAAAUAACAUCUGCAUGACAAAACAAUCCACAUUGCUAGCAGGGGGGAGGGAGGGGAACAGUGGGUAAUCAUCCUCAAGCUUUCUGUCCCAAUUAUUACCUUCUGUGAGUAAUUCCAGGACUGUGUCACUGCUACUGAGCAUGCUCCCUUUCUGUACUUUUUCUGCUGUAACCUACUAUUCCUAAAAUAUUUGGACAAUGUAAUGGCAGAAUGAAAGUGGUUAAUUUGGAGCUUAAGAAUUCUUUAGUUAUUUGAGUUUUCUGUUGUUUGGUAUCUUACUGUUGUUUGGGAUUUGAAAAAUGGGUACAGAAGUUCUCAAAACAGCUUUUACAGCCAACCUACAGAGCUGCAUAGGGGACUGAACAGUUGGUAGCAGAGAUCGUGUUACAGAAGAUCUAUUUAUUGAGGGAAUAACAACGAACUUGAAUUGUGUGUGCGUAAGCCUAUCCACUUAACUCCAGCAUUGACAUUCAGAAAGACCAGUUGAAUUGGUGAUGGGGAAGACAUUACAUGUAUUUGUAAAGGGCAGAGGAUUAUGGAGAAUGGUGACUUGCGUUAGUCAUCGGAGGCUGGAAGAUGGCCAGCUGCCAUCGCAGAUAGGCCACUGGGUGAACUGCUAAAGAAAAAUGGUAGCAGUUACCAUCACUGAGCAAAUAGCAUCCCAAGGGCAGAGUCCUGUAGCUUAACUAAACAGAUAACCGGUAAAUUUCCAGGCUCCUGAAAUUUGCCUCUGUCCUUCCCUGAGAUCUUGCAGAAACUGUUCCUUAAUGUACCUAGUUUCCCUUCACUAAUCAUCAACAAAGUUUGAAGUGAACCUGCCGACCAGACUGGAAUGUUUCCAGUACCUGUCCAGCUGCAAUAUUAAAAUGGAUUACAUAAAGCUUAGUUGUUCUGUAGUCUUGGCAUCAGACUAGUUUUGAGAUGAGCAGUUACAUGAUGUAAAUUCAUGUAAACUGAUGGUUAAUGAGGACAACCAAACAACUGGUAACUGGAACAGCAGAGUUUAUGAGGGCAGCAGGACUUCCAAGGCGUGUGUAAAAUGCUCUGCAGUGUGUCUUUAUAUUACCCAGAUAGAUGCUUGGCUAUCCCAAGCUAGUAUGGGGACCAAUCAUUCCUAUUUGCUAGAACAAACAAACUGUAAUUCCUAAUUUGUACGGGAUGCCUUUAACAGCUUUGCUGUUGGAGAAAUUGUUCUAUUCUCAAUCGCAGUAAGAAGGUUGGGCAGACAGUCCGCUCAUUUUAAAGGAAGUCAAAAGCAGAGCAUAAGAACAAGUACUUGUCCAGGUCUAAAAUAAACUAUCAUC